CUAACUAAUCUGACGUCUCUCGCUGUCUCCUCAUGAUAUUUGUUUCCUCUCAAAACCCUAGGCCGCACAAGAUAACCGCAGAAGCAGUUCCAGGAGCAGCGGCUUCUUUCUUUUCCCGGACUCCAUAAAUCGGCUUUGUACUCUCGAUCCAAUAUGAAGUUCAACAUUGCAAAUCCAACCACUGGGUGCCAGAAGAAACUUGAGAUCGACGACGAUCAAAAGCUCCGAGCAUUCUAUGACAAGAGAAUCUCACAGGAAGUCAGUGGAGAUGCUCUUGGGGAGGAAUUCAAAGGUUACGUCUUUAAGAUCAUGGGAGGAUGUGACAAGCAGGGGUUUCCCAUGAAGCAGGGAGUGCUGACUCCCGGACGAGUUCGCUUGUUGCUUAGCAGAGGAACUCCUUGUUUUCGAGGAUAUGGAAGGCGCAAUGGAGAACGACGGAGGAAGUCCGUUCGCGGCUGUAUUGUCAGCCCCGAUCUCUCAGUUCUGAACCUUGUGAUUGUGAAGAAAGGCGAAAAUGAUCUUCCUGGCUUGACUGACGUUGAGAAACCUCGGAUGAGAGGACCAAAGAGGGCCUCUAAGAUCCGCAAGCUUUUCAACCUCUCCAAGGAGGACGAUGUCCGCAAAUAUGUCAACACAUAUCGUCGCACUUUCACCAGCAAAUCUGGGAAGAAGCGUAGCAAGGCACCCAAGAUUCAGAGACUAGUUACUCCGCUCACCCUGCAGAGGAAGCGUCAUAGGAUUGCGGAGAAGAAGAAGAGGAUUGUGAAGGCGAAGGCGGAGGCGGCUGAGUACCAAAAGCUUCUUGCUUCGAGGCUGAAGGAGCAGAGAGAACGCAGGAGUGAGAGUUUGGCCAAGCGCAGGUCGAAGCUUUCUGCUGCAUCAAAGCCCUCUGUCGCUGCUUGAGUUAAGUUUUUGGUGGUCUAAUGGCAUAAAGAAACCCUAGUUUUAAAAUGUUUUGAGUGAACUUUCUUUUAGAACCCCAAAUACAGACAUUCACAGCAAUUGUGCCUGCGCUAGCUUGACAUGCUUGAUGGGGUUAUUUAAUAUUUAUCAGGCAUUCUACAAUUGUUUUCUUUUCAUUGUGAACAGUCCGAAACCUGCUUUGUGUUGUUCGUUUAAAUUCGAAUUCAAAGUUGAGUAAUUUCUUAUGUGUACAAGCUUGGUUCAUG